UAUUCACCUGGCACGAAGCGCUAUGAAAAGAAAACCACAUCGCUCCAUCAGGGUCCAGGCCAGGCCUACUACUUUCACACAAGGUACCCAAACAGACAUGCUCCCCACAUGUGUGUGCCAAGCUGAGGGUGGGCGGUCAUCGGAGGUAGAACAGUUGCCCUCUGAGUCUGGGAGAGCUGUGACAGACGUGACACUGACAGAUGAGGAGUCUUUAAUGGACACAGAUGAUGAAUCCACCUAUCCUGAGAAGGAUGAUGACCCAGAUUAUGUCCCAGAUUCCGAUGAAUCCGAAGAGGAACAAGAUUUUCUUGAUGACCCUGUCGAGAAAGAGCAAGAUCCAGUGUCCGAGAAGAAGUACUUGGUAUUUCACUCCAGCUUGAUGUCUUUGUUUGCGACGUGCCCAGUUUGUUGCUCAGUGUCAUCCCGGCAGAUAAAGCAGAUUGGCACCUUCAUUUCUGUACAUCAGCAAUGCACAAACCAGGGAUGUGGCUUUUCCAGGUCUUGGAAUAGCCAGUCAAUGUAUGGUAAUUUGCCUGCAGGAAAUGUGCUUCAAUCGAGUGCGAUAUUGUUCUCCGGGGCAAUUCCUUCCCAGGUACUGCAGGUUUUUAAUAUACUUGGCUGCCAAACGAUUUGCAGAAACACAUUAUUCAAUCACCAAAGACAGUAUCUAUGUCCAGCUGUGGAGGCCGUAUGGACUGCAGAGCAGGGUGAAGUCCUAAAUGCUGUCAAGGGACAGGACACCCCUCUGGUGGUUGGAGGCGACGGACGCUCGGACACUCCUGGUCAUUCUGCCAAGUACGGAUCAUACUCGUUGAUGAACCUUGACUCAAAGAAGAUUGUAUCUAUGGAGCUUGUCCAAAGCACAGAGGUCAAGUCUUCAGUCCAUAUGAAAAAAGAAGGACUGAAGGACUGAAGGACUGACAAAUACAGAAGUGGAUCCGAGAGAAUCUGCAUGACACUGCACACUCCUUUGAUGCCUGGCACCUAGCCAAAAAUUUGAAGAAGAACUUGCUCAAACUGUCAAAGGAGAAGGAGUGCGAGUUAGCUGCCCAGUGGUGCAAGGCAAUAAUUAACCAUUUGUACUACGUUGCCUCCAACACUCCAGAGGGCCAGGCCGACCUCAUCAUAGCAA